CUGAAUGAAAGUGACUGGCCAGCGUCGGAGAUUAAUGCACACCCGCUACUCGCAUGUUGUUUUCUAUGUAGCUUCGAUAAUGGAAGGACCUGUGUGAAGACCUUCGAGUUGUCAUGGCAGAAAAGAUCCCAACGGGGAUGGCUAAGAAAGCAUCCCGAUCCACAGCUUCCCUUCCCCCGGAGCCCAUUGAGAUAAUCAGGAGGAAGACUUGUUCCAGGAGGGUUAAAAUCAACGUUGGGGGACUUAACCACGAAGUCUUGUGGAGGACAUUGGAAAGGUUACCCCGGACUCGUCUGGGGAAACUGAGGGAUUGCAACACCCACGAAUCCCUGUUGGAGACCUGCGAUGAUUAUAACCUCGAUGAAAACGAGUACUUUUUUGAUCGUCACCCUGGGGCUUUCACGUCGAUUCUGAAUUUCUACCGAACUGGGAAACUGCACAUGAUGGAAGAGAUGUGCGCUCUCUCCUUCGGCCAGGAACUCGACUACUGGGGCAUUGAUGAGAUCUACUUGGAGUCCUGCUGUCAAGCCAGGUACCACCAGAAAAAGGAGCAGAUGAACGAGGAACUGAGGCGGGAGGCUGAAACCAUGAGAGAACGGGAAGGCGAGGAGUUUGACAACUCGUGCUGUCCCGAUAAAAGGAAGAAGUUGUGGGAUCUGCUGGAAAAGCCCAGCUCCUCAGUGGCCGCGAAGAUUUUGGCCAUCAUAUCCAUCUUGUUCAUUGUGUUGUCAACUAUUGCCUUGUCUCUCAACACACUUCCUGAACUUCAGGACAUGGAUGAGUUUGGACAAGCCAAUGACAAUCCACAACUCGCCCACGUUGAAGCAGUAUGCAUCGCCUGGUUCACAAUGGAGUACCUUUUACGUUUCUUAUCAUCGCCAAAUAAGUGGAAAUUUUUUAAAGGCCCAUUGAAUGUUAUUGAUCUAUUGGCCGUCCUGCCAUAUUAUAUCACAAUUUUUCUCACAGAGUCAAACAAGAGUGUGCUCCAAUUCCAAAAUGUUAGACGAGUUGUUCAAAUAUUCCGCAUCAUGAGGAUACUGAGAAUUCUUAAACUAGCCCGACAUUCAACAGGACUCCAGUCACUGGGUUUUACUCUCAGGCGGAGCUAUAAUGAAUUAGGUUUGCUAAUAUUGUUUUUAGCUAUGGGCAUUAUGAUAUUUUCAAGCUUGGUAUUUUUUGCUGAAAAAGAUGAAGAUGCAACAAAGUUUACAAGUAUUCCUGCAUCUUUCUGGUGGGCGACUAUCACUAUGACAACAGUGGGAUAUGGAGACAUCUAUCCUAAAACACUAUUAGGCAAAAUAGUUGGAGGACUUUGUUGCAUUGCUGGAGUGUUAGUGAUAGCUCUGCCCAUACCAAUCAUUGUAAACAACUUCUCAGAGUUUUACAAAGAACAGAAAAGGCAAGAGAAAGCAAUUAAGAGAAGAGAAGCCCUUGAAAGAGCCAAAAGAAAUGGAAGCAUUGUUUCCAUGAACUUGAAAGAUGCAUUUGCUCGCAGCAUGGAACUAAUGGAUGUUGUAGUUGAUAAAGGGGUUGAUAAUGUGAUUAAACAGGAAAAACACAUGGACAAUCAUCUUUCACCAAGUAACUGGAAGUGGGCAAUGUCUGAAACAAGUUCCAAUAAGUCUUUUGAGUCCAAAUAUCAGGAACUAAGCCAGCAUAACUCAAGCGAGCGGUUGAAUAACCCCUCCCCCAGCCCACAGCAUCUGAAUGCUCAGAAGCUGGAAGAAAUGUACAAUCAGAUGACAAAGACACAGUCUCAGCCAAAUCUUACUAGUGACAAGAUAGAACAAUCUAUUAAAUCUCCUGUACAUGAAGAAGAACUUGAAAUGGAAGUGGUUCCUCGCUCAACUGACCCAUUGCUCACUGCUCCCAUAGAACCAAUUCUGGACAUGAGGAGUAUAUCUAGCAUUGACAGCUUUGCUAGUUGUACCACUGACUUUACGGAAGCUGAUAGGUUUCCACACCAUUCAAAGUUACCUGAACAAGCUCAUCAGAGACGGAUUGCUGGCACUGGUCCUCUCAAUGAGUACCAGACUGGAGAAAACAUCAUGUUCAAAGAUAAAUCUGGUGAAGUCAAUAAAAGUUUCUGCUUUGAGCAGCCAGUAUCCUCCAACUUAAACAGCAUGGUGGAAAGCCCAAAGAGCUCAAUGAAGGGUAAGAACCCUUUGAAAUCUAGAUCACUUAAAGUGAAUUUUAUGGAAAUUAGAAGUGACACUCCUCAAACACCACCAAGUACUGCCAGACCACUGCCCGUGAUAGUGACAGAUUUAUCAUUAUCUACACCUAAACAUAUCACCACCAUCCUGCCGGAGGAAAACUCAUCUCAGAGUGAGAGUCUCCCUAUGACUACUGAUAUACCAGCUUUCCACCAUAUUUCCAGUAAAGGAUCACCAGAACUGUUGGCUAAACAAAAACUUUUUGCUUUCCAAACAAGAGGGAGAAAGAGUUGCAUUGACAUAGACAGCGGUGAAGAUGAAGAGUUGCUGGUGGAACAAAAGGCACAGCUCAAUAACCAGCAGGAAUCUGGACAAAACUGCUGUUCUGGAGGUCAUGAUAAGCACAGCCACAAUGGAAACCAUAUUGAAGAUGUAUCUGUAGUGGGUGCUGUUUCUCCAAAACACACCAGUCAAAACUGCACAUCUAGUGUAGCAGGAGAUAGCAAAGUAGACAGUAUCCAAGCUGGGUACAAGAUGGAAAAUCAUAUGUUUACACCAGAAAUUCAUGUUAAACCUGGGGAAGGAGGUUACUCAUCCUCUUGUGAAACCAGCAUGUGA